AGACAAGAAUAUGUCUAUUGCCCCAUAGAGAGAAUUUUUUGUAGUGAUGCAUUUGACUGUUAUACAGGUAUUUUAUGUUAUUUUUUCUCUCCAUCAUGGAAUUGGUGCUACUCACUUUAGAGGAGGAACAAUUAGUUGGAAACCUAUUGGCAAUGGAACAGAGGUUGGGUUUUCAUUCAAGCUUGGAUGGGCAUAUAACAGAGGUCCGGGAUGUACUGCUGAGAGAAUUGGCCAAUUUAUCGACGAGUUAAUUCCUUAUAAUUGGAAAUGUACAGAUGGAUGUUCUACACCCCGAAAUAUCGCCAACACCAGUUAUAUAUGUACAGGAGCUAGUGAGUCUGAGAACUGGGAGCAAGGAGAGAACACAUUCACAUAUACUUUUCCAGGAAUUGGCCCAUACACAGUUGAAUUAACGGGAAGAGACUGGAUGAAUAUGAGCUAUGGUUCGCCAGGGAAAUGGUCUAUUGGCACUGUUGUUAAUCUUUCAACAAGAAAUGACACAAAUAAACCUAAUAUAAGUCCCAUCACGACUGGAAAGCCUAUCUAUGUCGCUCAGUAUGGAUGUUACAAUGAAAUCAGUAUUCCUGUUGUGGAUCCUGACGGUGAUGAAGUUAGAUGCCGCUGGGCCAAUGGAACCGAGUGUAUGUCGAUGUGUGAGGGCUUACCAUAUGCCACUAUUGAUUAUGACAAUUGUACGAUAAGGUUCAUGGCCAACCACACAUCGAACGGAACUUUUGCAGUUGCAGUAACAGUUGAGGAUUAUCCGAAGUCUAAUAUUUCUAUUGAUGGCAGUAUUCAUUUAACAACUAGUCCUUUAUCAACAAUAACAUUACAAUUCAUUGUGGAGACACCAGUUCUACCUGCUGUCAACUGUACGGAUAAACCACGGUUCGUAAGACCCACUCUGGUAGAAGGAACCAUACUUCACACAGAUAUUUUGAAAGAUGUAAACAUAUCCUUCUUUGCAUCUUCAAACAGAGGAAUAUCAAAUAUUGACUUGACUGUCCCAGCAGGAAUGGACUACACACCAGUUCAGUCUAACUUGUACAUUAAUUAUUCAUUUGUCCAUUCAUCGUGGAUACCACAACAAAACCAAGUAGGGUUCCAUCUUGUCUAUGCCAUUGCAAAGGAUAAUGCUGGAAAAACGAGCGAGUCAAGAUGCAUUACAAUAGUUGUCAAGGAUAUUAGUCCAUGCAACAGCUCUCCGUGUAAAAAUGGUGGAACAUGUGUUAGACAAAAAAUAACACAGAACUAUGUGUGCAACUGUCUACCUGGGUACACUGGAAAUGUUUGUGAUAAAGACAUUGACGAGUGUGCCAGUAGCCCCUGUCAGAAUCAAGGGAUGUGUAAUGAUCAUGUCAAUCAUUACGAAUGUACUUGUGUGGCAGGAUACAGUGGAUAUCAAUGUCAGAUAGAAAUUGAUGAAUUCACCGACCAUCCGUGCUCCUCACUGUUCGAUUGCCAAGACCUCAUAAACCAGUACUCUUGUUCACUGAUGGCCAUUUUGAUGAUGUUAAUGUUGAUAGCAGGGGUUUUGACUUUACUUUUCUUCCUGGCAAAAAGCAGACGAUAUAAAGACGUUGAUCAUUCAUGGCUGGCAAAUUUUCAGGACAUUCGUAAACCAGACAGUCAGCCAAAACCUGUUUUCAGAACAAAGAUACAUGUACCUCAUAAGAAACUGCAGCAUCACUUGACAGAAGAUAAUUAGAAAACUGUAUUUCGCAUAUUUUAAGAAGAAUAGCGCAAUUGAUUAACUAUAUCGAGUGAUCCUUACUAUAGACGAUCCUUUCUGUAAUAUAUAUGUAUUUUGUAAGAUCGAAAAGCAUUGUAUGCAAUAAAAAGAUUAAAAAAAUACACUUACAACACGCCUCGACCAAUCAUAGUUUAAACUUGUUCUUAUUAGAAAGCAAAUACGAUGUUC